AUGUCGAGACUUUUCUCAAAUCCCAUAGUCAGGCAACGUCUUGCGUUCUCGCACCCUUUGCAAGGGACCACACAGACCAGACUUGUUUCGGGACAUCCCAAAAGAGAAAAACGCCAUGUAAAUUCCAUUUCAUAUUUCCUCACUCUAUCUGCCUCGAUCGCGUUCAGUCUGAUACACCUUCAACAGAGUCCACUCAGACUGGACUCGCCCAAGAAAGCAAGAGGCCCAGACCCAAUCCUAGUACCCAAGUCGAAUGAAGUAUCAUCACACUCUCACGAUACACCCAAACAAAACAACAUCUCAAACCUCUCAAAAGAGAAAGCAAUACUCACCUCCGCACCAAACGUCCCUCCACCAAUAACCCGAACCCACCCCGUGCUCCUUCAAGUCCCAUUAACAACCUCCACCAAAGUGAAACAAGUGACUUCCGAAUACAAGUACAAACAAUGGACCUUCAACAACACAGUCCCUGGCCCAUUCAUCCGCGCUCGCGUCGGCGACGUCGUCGAAUCAUCCCUAACAAACCGCGACGAAUCCGGUAAUCCACACAAGAUCGACUGCCACGCGUUCCUGAGUCCGGGAGGUGGUUCUGCAUUGACAACAGCAGAAGAAGUUCAAACCAUAAUUGCAAGAUUUCGUCUCCAAUGUCCAGGUCUUUAUUUAUACCAUUGUACUGCAACACCGAUGCCGGUGCAUAUCGCAAACGGCAUGUAUGGACUCAUGUACGUGCAACCUGAACAGGAUCUCGAUCGAGUAGAUCGUGAGUACUACGUGAUGCAGAGCGAGUUUUAUCACGAAGCACCGGAAAUCGAAGACCAUGGGAAACCGUCUUCGACGGUGGAGUUUUCGUAUCCGAAUGCGCUAAGAGAAGAGCCGAGUGUCAUUGUCUUUAAUGGUCAUGAAGCUGCGCUCACGAGAGAUAAACCACUCAAAGCAUGCGUGGAUGAAAGAGUUAGGAUCUUUUUCGGGAAUGCUGAGCCAAACUUGAGGAGUUCGUUUCAUGUUAUUGGGAGUAAUUUUGUUAUUGGGAGUAAUUUUGAAAAGGUUUAUCGUGAUGGAGAUGUGGUUAAUUCGCCUGGACGGUUUGUUCAGACGGUUUGUGUUCCCCCUGGGGCUGCUAUGCUUGUUAAUAUGAAAAUGAUGGUUCCGGGGACGUAUACGUUGGUGGAUCAUGCUAUUUUUCGUCUUGAGAAAGGUGCCGUGGGAUAUUUGAAUGUGGCUAGGGAAUCAAGAGAGGAUAUAUACCAUAGUGAGGAACCGCCUGCUCCUUGCGUCGCAUGUAAAGUACAUCCUUAG